AUGACUGGACAGUACAGCGGACUACCUAAAGCCCUUGAAACCCGAUGCAUAGACAUCUGUGCAGUGCAAGAAACAUGGUGGAGUGGAAACAAAUUGUAUGACACUGGAUGCAGUUACAAGCUGAUGUAUAAGGGCACACGCGGAACCACUAAUGACAAUGGCAUUGUAGUGUCAUCCAAGUUUGAUGGUAAUAUCUCUGAAGUGCAAAGAUAUGAUGAUCGCCUGAUGAAGAUUGUGUACAUCACAGACAGCAGAGAAAUCCACAUUUUCAGUGCCUACACUCCAAAAACUGGCCAAGCAACUUCCAUCAAGGAUGCCUUUUGGAGGAUGCUUGAUGCAAAGACUCCUGAAGUGCCCCCAGAAGAUUACAUCAUCACAGCUGGUGAUCUGAAUGGGCACAUAGGGUGCAGAAAGGAAGAACAUACUGCUCACGGUGGGUAUGGGUUCAGAGAAAAGAAUGAGAACGGUCAGCGUAUCCUCGAUUUCUCAGAAGCUCAUAACCUGGCAAUUGCGAACACAUGGUUCAAAAAGCGUGACUCACAUUUAAUCACGUAUUACAGUGGCACUAACACCACGCAGGUCAACUACAUUCCCGUGAGAUGCUGUGAUCUCAAAGAUGUACUUGAUGUAAAAGUCAUCCCCUACAAAACAGUUGUGAUGCAACACCAUUCACUGAUCUGUAAGCUACGAAUCAAGUUGCCAACAAACAAGCACGAAGAUCACACAGGACCUGCAAGAAUCAAAUGGUGGAAAUUCAAGGAUAAGGAAGCCGACAUCAUAGCCCAAAUUACUUUGCCACCAAUUACCACAGUUGAAGAAAGCUGGGAGAAAGUGAAAGAGUCUGCUCACGAAACUGCACAUGCAAUUCUUGGGACAACAAAACCAGGACGACGACGGACCUAUAGAGAUGCGUGGCUUUGGAAUGACACCAUCAAAGAUGUGGUACACAUAAAGAAAAGAUUGGGUCAUGAGUUUCAGAUAAAACACAGGAGCAAUGGAAUUCAUACAGAACAGCCCAAAGAGAUGCAAAACAGGCUAUAG